AGUUACCAGUUUUUUCGAAUACUUUUGAAAGAAAUAAAGUUUCGUUUGUGGAAAAAUUAAAACAACAAAAUGCCAGCUGUUGAUCAAAACGACAUUAAAAUCAUGCCUAAAUCGAUUGUUUGUGAAGAUAGCAUCCUUCGUGGUGACAUCACAAUUUUACCAGGAUGUAUUGUGCAUCCUAGCGCCUCUAUAAUUGCCGAAGCAGGUCCUAUUGUGUUUGGUGAAAAUUGUAUUGUAGAAGAAUACGCUAAAAUUGUCUACCCCUUGACAGAGGAUCAGAUGAAGAUCAAAGAAGCCGGUGUGGAAGCUCUACCGCCUUUAAUAAUUGGCAUUAACAAUGUUUUCGAGGUGGGUUGUACAGUAGAAGCAAGUCGCAUCGGCGAUAAAAAUGUUUUUGAAUGUAAAAGCUACGUUGGUCCGGAGGUCAGUAUAUCAAACGGUUGUGUAAUAGGUGCUGGGGUGACCUUGCGAUGCAAACAACAUUUGCCAGAGUUCACAGUUAUAUACGGCAGAGGUUAUUUACAACGUGAAGCCAUUGAUAAACAUGUCUCGCAGACUCUUCAAAUUGAUUUCUUACGGAAAGUUUUGCCCAACUACCAUCUUCUACGUAAACCCAAUUAUGAUCCCAAGAAGAAUCGAAACGUUAUAUGAUACUUAAGACUAAGCUAAUUUAUUCUUUCUUGGACAGAGAAAUUUGAAUUUUAUCUUUAUCAUUAAACGCCUUAAUUUCAGCUUCAAAUGU